GUAGCCGUGCACUAUGUCUGUCAAGUCUGAUAUCAAUAAAGCCGGCUGGGAGCAGGGUGAAUUCCCCAUUCUCUGUGAAACAUGUCUAGGGGACAAUGCCUUCGUUCGGAUGUCUAAACAAGAGUUUGGACGAAGUUGCGGGACGUGUGCACGUCCUUUCACCAUUUUUCGUUGGAAUCCCGGCUCCGGUAUGCGUUAUAAGAUCACGGUGAUCUGUCAGACAUGUGCAAAAAGCAAGAAUGUCUGUCAAACAUGCUUAUUGGACCUCGAAUAUAAUCUGCCCACCCAGGUUCGAGAUACCGCGCUGGCGAUCAGAAGCGGAGCUCCAAGUAGCGAUAUCAACAGGGAGUAUUUCGCACAGAAUAUCGAAUCUAAAAUGGAGGAUAACAACAACAUUGUUGACGCGGCACGUUCGACUUCUGCGGCGAAAGAGAUGCUUAAGCAAUUAGCUCGCACAGAUCCUUAUUACAAGCGGAAUCGACCUCAUAUUUGCUCUUUCUUUGUGAAGGGCGAAUGCAAUCGUGGAGCGGAAUGCCCUUACAGACAUGAGAAGCCUCAACGGGACGAGCUAUCGCGUCAGAAUGUCCAGGAUAGGUAUCAUGGGCGUAAUGAUCCCGUAGCACGCAAAAUUUUGUCCAGUUUUGCUGCUAAGCAAGGCCUGACACCCCCAGAGGAUCCAUCAAUAACAUCACUAUUCGUCUCCCCCCUUCCCCCUUCUAUCACAGAGCCGUCGUUGCGGGCAGUAUUACUCUCGGCAAUACCAUCCAUUUCGCCUGCUGCCAUCAAGUCGGUGGUACAUGUUGCAAAGAAUCGAUGUGCAUUUGUUAAUUUUAGCGACAGGGCGACUGCCGAACGAGCAGCGGAGGCAUGGGCGUUUGGGGUUGACAUUGAAGGUCUGAAGGCAAACGUUCGGUGGGGUCGAGGCAAAGGGCAUUCGAGGGGACCUGCAUCGGUAACGAUGGAUUCGGUUCCAAUUCCUUAGGCCUCCUAUAUCUGGGGGUCGGCAAUUCAGGUUGACGACUGUUCACCCACCCGUGGCUGUGCUGUCUAUUGCGAAUAAAGCUGGGAACGGUGGGACAUUUGACUCUCUACACAACAAAUAUAGAACUCAAUUGAUUGCAAAAUAGUGUUCUUGGUGACCUAUACCAGUGCACCUUAGGUUUUUUUCGUUUUGAAUAUGCUUCUUUGUUGAGAUAUUGCGAGAAAUCACAGUGAAAAACAUGAAAGAUGCCAUUGAUUUGAAAACGAAACCUACGGAUUCCUAGAUACAUCCAAUACA